AAUCCACAGCCCUCUGGCUCACAAGGAUAAAGGAGUCUCUCCAAGAAAGACAGAGAAAAGCAACACAAGGACUUUUUCCCCUUCUUGUUUUGCAUCCUCUUUCUUCUUUCUUCUCGUUUCAUUCUCUCUCGAGCCACCAGCGGCUGGUGUCACUUUGUGUCCUUCUCUUUUGUUCCCUGCAUCCAUCUGUGUUUCACCCUCGGUCCAGAGAGACGGAAGGAAGAGCAGUGUCAGAGGCAUCAUCCUCCCCUCCUGCACGCCCAGCCGGUGGUGGGUGCUGAUGCUGUAACCACUGUGUGGAGCUGACAAGCCCUGGUUGAUGCAGUGAAGUGUUCCAGAGGGAUAAGCACAAGCGAAGGUCGCCAGCCAUGGGGAACCUCAUUAAGGUCCUUGGCAAGGAUUUAGAGAACUGUCCACAUUUUUUCCUGGACUUUGAAAGGGGCUCAUGGGAAACCUCCUGAAAGUGCUGGCUUGCGCCGAACUUGAGCAUGGCCCAAUAGUUUUCCUUGACUUUGAACAUGCCCAGCCCACGGAGGCCGAGACAGCAGUGUGGAACCAGGUCAGCGCUGUGCUGGAGGAGGCUCAUGGGAUCCUAGCCGAGCUGCAGUCCUAUAAUGGCGCGGGCCAGGAGAUACGAGAAGCCAUCCAGAACCCAGGCGACCUGGCUCUGCAGGAGAAGGCCUGGAAUGCAGUCUGCCCCCUGGUAGCCAAACUGAAGCGCUUCUACGAGUUUUCCCUCCGACUGGAGAACGCCUUGCGCAGCCUGCUGGAGGCGCUGACGAGCCCACCCUACGCUCCCAUGCAGCACCUGGAGAGAGAGCAGGCCUUGGCCAAACAGUUCGCUGAGAUCCUUCAUUUUACACUCAGCUUUGAUGAACUAAAGAUGACAAAUCCAGCCAUACAGAAUGACUUCAGCUACUACAGGAGGACUAUAAGUAGGAACAGGCUGAACAACCAGCAGCUGGAAGCGGAGAACGAGGUCAACAACGAGAUGGCCAAUCGGAUGUCCCUGUUCUACGCCGAAGCAACACCAAUGCUGAAGACUCUGAGUAACGCCACCACCAAGUUUGUUUCAGAGAAUAAGACCUUGCCCAUAGAGGACACCACAGACUGUCUGAGCACCAUGGCCUGUGUGUGCCGUGUGAUGUUGGAGACACCGGAGUACCGCUGUCGGUUCACCAACACAGACACCAUGCUGUUCUGCAUGAGGGUGAUGGUGGGAGUCAUCAUUCUCUACGACCACGUUCACCCUGUCGGGGCUUUUGCCAAGACCUCCAAAAUCGACAUGAAGGGCUGCAUCAAGGUGCUGAAAGAGCAACCGUCCAACAGUGUGGAGGGACUUCUGAACGCACUGAGGUAUACGACACGGCAUCUAAACGAUGACAGCACCUCCAAACAAAUCAGGGCCCUCCUGCAAUGAGAAGGUGGAGAGAGGGAGGCAAGGAGUGCACUUGAAGGAGGAGAAAAAAGAAGACGAGGAAGGAAACAAACGGCAGUGGCUGAUAAACCUGUUUGUUUACAACGAACAAAGAAAAUCUCCAGGUUUUAAGGGAAACCUGAUAAUAAUAAGAAGAGGAAAAUAAUUAUAUAUAUUGUCAGCUGUUCAUCAUUCUGUCUCUCAUUUUGUAAAGUAAGAAAAGAGAAAGAAAAAAAAAAAGAAGCCAGAAAAGAAAAUAUAGAUAUAUAUUAAAAACAAAAGUGAAACACAAGCAGCAGAUGAAAAAUAAGUAGGAUUAAAGAGGAAGCUAUAUUGCAAAAUUAUCGAAGCAAACUGAAAGUGUACAAAAAAAAAAGGGUUCAUGUUCCAGCAGUAGUCUGACAAGUAUUUUUGCACACAAACAACACCAUCUACUUUACCCUGAGAUCUGAUCCCGAACUGAUUCCCACAGACUUUUUACUGUGCCCUUCACACACUUUGUUUAACCGUAGGAGGUUUUAAGCUUUUGAGGUUGCAGAUGUAGUGGCGUGGCUGUCUCCUUCAGCUGCACUGAUCUCCACCUGCAGGCCAUUUAUGAAGCAAUGUGAUGGAUGCCCUCCGGAGAUUUGCUUCUACCUGCUGCGUUUGAUUUUUCUGCAAUCGAUGCAGCUGAAGGAAUAGAGGCAAUGGGACGAGUAGUCUUUUUAGGAUCCAUAUUUCACCCUGAUUUCUUCCUCAUUGCCCAUCACCCUCAAUCCUAUUACCACCCAUCCAUCUAUGGGAUAUGUGGUUUUUCCUUGGCACAGAAAAAUUCCAUCCAACGUUGCGUGCCCUUACGCUGUAUAUGUUCCACCACAAAACAUCUCGUGAGUAGUCUGGCUUUACUUGAACAAUGCCGUUCUCUCUCUCUUUCUCUCUCUUUCUCUCUCUCUUUCUCCAUGGUGCUAAUGUGGUUUAGAUAUCACAGUGCUAUCUUGUUAGAGAUCCGUUUCUUCAUCCUUUUUUUGCACUAAGGUGUUAAAUCUCAAAUUCUGGGAACAUCUGCUUUCAGCUAUGCUGUGAUUUCACAUUAGUGCACAAACCGGGACAAAUCACAUUUUACAGGACCUGUAAAAUAAAAUAAAAAAUAAUAAUUAAAAAAAAAGGCAUUCUAGGAAAACCACAGCACACUUACUUCUUCACCCAGUGCCAAAGCUGAUUGGUUUUUGUUUUUAUUACAUCAUCAAGCCAGGCUCGAGGAGGGGGGGGGGAUUUGAGGGGAUGAAAUCUUGUAACAUUGCUAAUCAUCAUUUUAAGUACAUAUGAGGAUAUGAAACCGCCAAGACAACAUAAAAUGAUGCACACGCAGUCAGAAGACCCACACACACAUUUUAAGGGAGAGAUCUAAGUGUUCCAGUGUAAAUAUGUGAGGCUUUUCUCAGGCAUCGACAUGGUCAGCUUGGGUUUUCCAGGAAAAACACGACAUACUACUACAUUUAAAUCUGCAAACAACUAGAGUUAUUUCUUUUAGGACGAGGUUGUCCAAGAACCAAGUAAUUGAUUAAGUGGGAAAUAAAAAAAAAUUCAAACAGAGAUUAAAAAGAAGUGCUGUACUUUGGAUGUCUAUAGCCCUUAGUCUAAUUUAAUUUGAUCUUAUAAUAUAUUUUCUAUACAGGGGUAUGUGAACAAGCAUAUUCUGUAUAAAUAUAUAGAUGGCAUGUUGUAAAAGUUCUGACAGAAAUGUGUAAAUAAGGUGUUUUUAUUCAUUUUUAAUUGUUCAGUGACGCUGAAAUUGGGUAUGUGUUGUCUCUCAGAAUUACCAUGCGUUUGGCUUGGACCAUCGGACUUGCCGUAGUCAUAGGUUUCAGAAAUCCAGCUUCAUUAUUGCAGAUGA